CGCUUUCCUCUCCGAUGCGUGGCGUCGUCCUCCUUGUUUCUUUUCUUCACUGUGUUCAGUCGUCGUGGGCGUUCAAGUUUGCCAUCGCGCGUCCGCCCAAGGCUUCUUCUUCUUCUUCCACGGGCGGCGACAAUAAUCUGAUUAAUAAGGGAGAUCAGCGUUACACGGCCAAUAUCACUAUUGCCGGGACUGUUGUCAACGUCAUCCUCGACACCGGCAGCUCCGACCUCUACGUCCAUCCCCCCGGUGGUCUCUCCUCCAACCUCUUCAACGACACUCGAAUCCCGGCUAAUCUCACCUUCGGAGACGGGUCCGACUUCGUUGCAGGAGAAAUCUGCAUCGCGAAAUUUGAGCUCGGAGGGGCGGUAGUGCCUUUCCAAGCUUUUGUCAAUGUGCAGCAGGAAUCCGCCGAUAAUCAAGCCGACGAGGCGGAGGCGAUCUUUGGGCUGUGGGGACUCGGCUUCAAUACCCCCGGCGCGUCCGUGGUGAACGACAACAUCCAGCAAGCUUUCGGAGCCAAAGUCACCGACGGACAGUCUGUGCUGGCGAACAUAUUCCAGCAGAACCCCAAGUCGAAUGACUUCCUUGCCAUCUCUUUGUCCCGGCUGAACGACACUGCGGGUACGGCCGACGGUUCGAUCGAAAUUGGGCAGCUGGAUCAGAAGUACACCGCGGUGUCGAAGUCUCCUGUGCUGGAGCAGUCGCCGCCGAAUUCUGGUGCUUGGACGGUACCGAUGGACGCGCUCAAAGUGGGCGGGCAGAAGAUCGCCUGGCCGAGUACCGUCCAGGGAACCCUUGCGGGAAGCAAUAUCAUCUCGCUUGAUACGGGAACGACCAACGUGCUAAUGCCCACUGCACAAGUCGACGCCAUCUACUCGGCGAUACCUGGUGCAGUGCUAACGACAGACAACUUUGUGCCAAACGUCCAAUUCAGCGAGAGCCAUGCUGUGUGGGUCGUGCCCUGCACAGCCCAAGUCGCCGUCGCCGCCACAUUUGGCGGCGUCGACUUCCCGAUCCACCCGCUUGAUCUCGCCGACAUGACCAUCGUCACAGCCCCUGACGGGAAAACAAACUUCACGGUCUGCAUCGGCGCCUUCACCGACAUCGGCACUCCGGAUCAGAUCUCCGGCGGCCGCUUUGACGCGCUGUUCGGCGACUCGUUCCUGCGCAACUCGUACACCGUACUCGAUUUCGGAACUCAGGGAAACGUGCCCAAUACUGCGCCGUUUGUGCAGAUGCUGCCGACGACUGAUGCGACGGCGUCGUUGACGGAUUUCACGAGCGUGCGGCAGGGUCUGUUGAAAACGAUGCCAACCGAGUUGACGCCGGUGGACCUGGUCAAAGUGAUGAACGGCUCGGAGCGCGUGCCUUCGAGCUCGUCUUCCAGUGGAAGCGGUGGCAGCGGUCAGAAGAAAAACGAUGCUGUUGGCAGCAGGACACGCAGUGGAAUUGUUCCUGCUGCGCUGAUGAUCGCGAUCGCGGGCAUAUCUGUUAUGAGUAUCUAAUCUCUUUAUUGGUUUCAUCCCUAUUUCGUGUCAGUCAUAGGGCAAUCAAGGGUCUACCUGUCGUGUGUCAUCCUGGCCCGUCAGUCAGGACCUGCUUUCAACUGGUCUGGGAUCGGCCUACAGAAUUGGCAGUGUUGUGCUGACGAGCAAGCAGUAGGAAAUCAUCCUGUCUUUGGGACAUGGUGAUACUGCUGGGCUUGAUGAAAGGCCGCUGGGUUACGGAGGAACUCAGAUUCCAGUUAGGCCAAAUCUUGCUAUUCAAAUAAGACCGCCUACAUCCCAAAUUCUACACGCAAACAAGAUCUUACUGUCAGUUGAAUCCAACAUGACACGGCAAAAACUCGGGGCCUUCGAAGCCCUGGCCCAUGGGACCUUUCGUGGCUCACAGCUGUGGCUUUGUUUGGCCGCAAAUUUUGUGCCGGCGCCAUGAGUCUAUUCUAAUUUAGCCAUGAGCACUUGAGUCAUUCGAACUACGUUUCCGACCGACCCGCACAAUGAUCUACACUGUCUCAGACUGCCGUCGUGGGUAGUGACCGGGGGCCUGUUCUACUUCCAAUCCCCAUAAUCAUGGGAAGAUCAUACUCGGGUAUCCGCUGUGACAGAACACUCGCAAUGAUGGGACGUCGAUGUUCAGCUCGAAAAUAAGCACCGAGGGAAUUCUACUACCCUUUACUCCGCGCACACACGUUUCCCUGAGACCUUGCAAGACCCGGCGCCAGCGGUCACAAGAAGCUCCAGAUCUGUUCUCACCUUGAGCACCUUCCCGGAAUCCCGUCCCUCAUGUUUGAUAAAGCUUGCUGUAGGAUGCAUAACUCGGAAACUUCCGUUUUUGAGCCCAAGGUUCGGAGCCGAUGUAUUGCGGAAGCUUACAUGCGCGCAGGCAAUGCCCGCAAAGCGGUAUACAGAAAUUGACACCGUGAACCCCACGUGACUUACCCAACGGGUCGCAAGUGAUCGUCGCAAUCCUUGCUCCUCGAAAUCCUCUACCACACCACCAGGAAGGGCGCUGCACUGGCACAACGACCUAACAGACUGCUUUCACACAGGCCGCGAGUCGGGGCGAUCAAGUACGUGUUCGUGCUCAACUGCAUGCGUAGCUUGCUCUCUCUCACGCCAGUCAUCGGGUAAGUCCUCACGAGUUACAUAACUGGGCAGCGCGAUGCUGAUCGUCGCCGCGUGCAUCGCGCACCGGCGUGCACCGGACUUCGAGGUCACACACAUCUGAGCAGGGACGACGUGUGAAGCGGAGUUGGCGGCUGCUGCCCACAGACAGGCGGUGUUCCGGGCGGCGCGUGAGGGGCAUCUGGCGGGAUCGAGGCCUUUUGGGGCCAGAUCUGCAGUCGUGCGGGUUUAGUGACUUUAGUCUCCUAACCACCGGAGAUUAGUGAUUGAAAUGAGACUAGAAGAAGGAUGAUCGGUCGAGAGAUAGCGAGG